AUGAAAUAUUUAUGUCUCGUGCUAUACUUUGUAACUUUGCAUGAGUGUACCGUAGAUUUGAAUAUACAAGAUUUAGUUUACAUUGCUGAUCAUUUGUCGGCGGCAGAAUGUCGGCGACUCUUCGCUUCCUUGCUGUUCACAUCGAACAAACUUCCAGCGAAUUUAACCGAAGCUGAACAGAAAGUACCGAAAGACGUGCCGUGUGUGAAGCUACUGAUCAAAUGGAACAGUGGAGACCAACCAUGGGAGGGAAAAGGGAAAUCACAUACCGUAGUAGGAAAAAGACUGCGACAACUUGGACACGCUGACCUAUCGGAUUGGCUAGGCAAGCUAGUGUUUCACAAAUUAUCAAGGUCUGUCAACAACUCUUUAAACUUCGAAAAGUAUUUUGAAGAAGACAAAAAGCUUCCACAAUUUACAGAAAAAAUUUACAAAGACAAAGAUUCACUAGCUGCAGCAAAAUGGACCACUAUAGAUACUAUAUUUAGUGUUACCCUAUUCGGUUUGCUAUUUGUAUCAGUCGCUGCAUUAUUCCGUAUUCUGAGCGCAAUAUGUCGAAAAGCCAAAAUUAAACUGAUUACUGCAAAAGAUAAAGAAGAAAUGGUUGAUUUAUUAAGUAUAGCGGAGUCAGUGGAAAGUGAUCAGGAAACUGUUUAUGAGUACGAACAUGGUAAACGCUCUCAUGUCAGCUUUAAACUUGAACUUGAUAGACCAGAAGAUGAUUCUGAUAAAUAA